GAACUUCAGCCACAUAUCUUCAUCCACACUCUCCAUCAUCAUCCUGACUGAACCUGUUCCUCAGUAGCUAUGACUUUGCUGGUGGUGGUGCUGGGAGCUGUGCUCUGUUCCUUCACGGUUUCUGCUGAAAUCGUACCCCAGGCAGACUUCAAUUUACAGGGGAUGGCAGGGAAGUGGUACCUGGUUGGGUUUGCCACUAAUGCCCAGUGGUUUGUCAGCCGCAGAGCCAGCAUGAAGGUGGGCACGGCCAUGAUGACCCCAACUGCUGAUGGGGACCUGGACAUGUCCUACGCCAGUCUCAACUCCGACGGCACUUGUUGGAGACUUAACAACCUGGCCAAGAGGACUGACACGCCUGGGAGGUUCACUUACACAAGUGAGCGCUGGGGGAAUGUGAAUGACAUGAGCAUGGUGGAUGUGAAGUAUGAUGAGUACGCGCUGACUCACACCAUUAAGACCAAGGACAGUGCUCCCACCGUUGUCAACAAACUAUAUGGCCGUGGAGUCAGCCUCGGCCCUGAUGUGCUGGAGAAGUUCAGGCAGUUCUCCCUGGAAACUGGUGUCCUGCCUGAAAACAUUGCUUUCCUUCCUGCAAAUGCGGAGUGCCCAGCUGCCUAGUUCUCUGCCUGAGUCAUUCUAUGUCAACAAAGCUGUCUGAAGACUUUAAUGAAUAUUCUACAUCUCUCAAGGUCACCACCAUGAACUCAGUUCAGUUUAUUUGCUCUGUUCUUUCAGAUGUUGUAAUAAAAAUAGCUCAUCAUGCCACUGAACAUGA